AUGACAAUUCUGGCCAAGGGCCAAGAAGAGGUUGACAGUUUUUGUAAUAGAGGUACAAAGCAAUCACCGGUGUCUAUUGAUGCCAACGAACUCAUAGUACAAAAGAUAGAAAAGGGUACUUUUACACUAAUUGGUUUCGAGAAAACGGAAAGCAAAAAUCCGCUCAGAAUCAGUUAUAUCCCAACAAGAUUUACGCUAUCAAGACCUGGAUUUGAAGUCAUUACACCAUUGCUGCAAUUCCACGGCGAUACAUUUUAUUUAAAAAAAAUAUGGUUAUUUUUCAAGCAUAACCUAAAUGGUUCAGUACAUAAAUUACAGAAUUUUGGCGAAAUGGGCAGAGCUAUUGGAGAAAUACAACUCGAGUUCAAAUUAUGUCACCAAGAUCCUAACGUUAAAAAAUAUUUUAUAAUUGCUUCUAUGUUGGUUACUGCUGAGACCGCGGGCCCGCGAAUAAAUCGCAGUGAAAUUGUCGACUUUGAUUUAUUCAUUCCCACUAAGCUGGUCAAGAAUAUUAUAUAUGGUGGAGAGCAGAACUUUGAUGAAGUUGCUGUGCAUUUUGAUUACUUUAUACCACGUUAUUUUACUGGUGCUGCGUUUUAUCACGGAUCGUUUAUGACAGGUCAAUGUGAAGAAGAUCUUCCAUUUCUGAUUUUCGAUAGACCAAUCCUUAUCAAUCCGGGCAGAAAUCUGAAAAUGCUGUAUUCAAAGCGCGUUGACUUCAUUCGUCCACUUCAAAACCAUCGGAUCGCAUCGUACUACAAAAGAAUUAACUUCAGAUACAAAAAUUUUAACUCGAUGGACUUCCAGAAGUGCCUAAUUUCAAAGGAUUUUCAAACUUACUUAAAUGACUCCAAAAUACAUGAAAGAGAAGGAGCAGCGAAAUUUUGGGAAUAUGAAGAUGAAACUAAGAAUAGCGAGGAUGAUGAUGGUGGAAUGAAGUAUGGUAAAGAUCAUAUGAAAAACAUUCUCCCGCGGCUACCGUUUAUUGUUGGUUCCUCAACUACACUGUAUACUUAUAUUGUUGAGUAUUACUUAAUUAUAUUGCUGUUACAAACAAAAGUAAGUGACAUGGAGGAGAUCGAAAGUGAGAACGACAGGACUGUAUCCAGCACUGUCCAACCAACUGCUGAUAUCAAAAACCCAGAAUUAUUGAAGAAGUUGGUUUGGGAGUACCAGUUAAAUGCGGGAAGCUGGGUUAAAUACGAAGAUAUCAUCUGUGCAAGACUGAACUAUUACAAAAUGAGUUGUAUAAUUUCGAUAACUAAUCUGCAUGGUUUGAGUGAAAGCAUUCCGGAUAGAAGCGCCGAGUUUGAAUUGGACGAAUCAAAACUUCAAGUUGAUUUGAACUUAAUGAAGCAAAAAAAUUUGGAUACCGGAUUUGUUCGACCGGUACGAUGUGCAAUUCAGAAUGAUGAAGGGGAACAUCGUCUAUGGGAAUACAUGAGUCCACAGCGACGUUGGCGAAGUGUAGAUCCCAUUUCAUUUAUGCAGUUAGAAAAUGCUCAUCUCGAAGGAUCGGCGAGUGUCAAUAUAAUACUAUUAGGAAACAAUUUCACUGCUGAUUUGCAAAAUUAUUUAAUUAAAAGUGAUGAUGGACUGACAGAAUACAAGAUACGUUCGUCGAUAUCGAAUGCUCAGCCUGCAAUAUCAGCAAAGCCAGUCCCAACAAUUGAACGCUUGCGGGCUGCAAAACGUAUUGCGAUACAUUCCGAGACACCUCUCACCAUUCGCAAGAGGAAAAGAAAUGUAAGAGCAAAAACUGCUAAUGAACAAGAUAACAAAACUGAAAAUGUCGAGCCGGUGAAGUCUGAAGAAGAACGAAAUGAAACUUCGUUUGCUGAAGACAACAAUAAUUCAAACGGUGGUGUUGAUGACAAUCAGGAUUAA